CUAGUGGUGAUACUUUAUAAUUAUUUGUCAGUCGGCCAUCAUUUAAUGAUCUCGUCAGGCUCUGUAAUGUCUUGAUUUUCAUUAUACUUAUGUUCCUCAAUUGUGCGCCAGAUAUAAAAAUUAUUAAUUAAUUAAUAAAAAGACAAGAUAUCAAUUCAAACAAUUAAAUAAUGAUGUUGAAUUUGGUUCCAAUUAAAUCACUGCUAUUAGGAUUUACAAGCGGAGGAAGAAAAACUGUCGCUACUUUGUCACCCUUAGCCACUGCAUUCAAUGCGAAACCAUCCGAAAAAUUAAAAAUAUGGUUUGGAUAUAAAAGAACCGGAUUAUUUGAAAUUCCAGAACUCGAACAUCCAAAUGGGUUCCAAAUACUUGAAGAUAAAGCUAUAUCGCGCACUAACGAACUCAUUGAUGAAGCUAUCGACACAUCAGGAAAUCGCAAUAGAAAAAUGGUUGAAAUCUUUGACGAGCUAUCGGAUACAUUAUGCAGGGUAGCGGAUAUGGCUGAAUUUAUAAGAGUAGCGCAUCCAAAUAUUCAAUUUGCACAAGCUGCAGAAAAUGCUUGUAUCACAAUAAGUGGACUUGUUGAAAAAUUGAAUAUUAAUCGUCAAUUAUAUGAUUCAUUAACUGCCAUUGUUAAAUAUGGAGAUAUUGUAAAAACCACUAAAAUUGACAACCAUGUAGCCAAACUUUUUCUAUUUGAUUUUGAGCAGUGUGGAAUACAUUUACCCGAAGAACAAAGAUGUCAAGUUGUAAAUUUAAAUGACCAAAUUCUUCAAUGGGGUCAAAAGUUUGUAGCUGGCACAGUUCAAGCUAGGGUUGUAAAUAAAAAAAAAUUACCAGAAUUAAUGGUCAACUAUUUUCAAAAUGACGGGGACGAUGUCGUAGUCAAUGGUUUAAAUACAGAAUCUAGUAAUCCUCUGGUAAGGCAAGCUGCGUACAAAAUAUUUUUAUAUCCUGACGAGAAACAAGAAAAUUUAUUACAAAAUUUAUUAAAUGCCAGGCAUGAGUUGGCACAGAUUUGUGAUUUUCCAACUUACGCACAUAGGGCUGUUCGUGGAAGUACAGUUCAGAAUCCACAAUUUAUUUAUAAAUUUUUAAAUUUAAUGAACAAUCGAUUACAAGAUAGGGCCAAGAAGGACUAUAAUGAAUUACAGAAAAUUAAAGAUUCUGAGUCAUCCAGUAAACAAUCAAUUAUGCCGUGGGAUACAACUUACCUUUGCACAAAAGCCCGAAAAAUUUGGCUGGGCUCAACCAACGACGAUUUUGCCCCAUAUUUUUCUCUUGGAUCUUGUAUGGAAGGUUUAAAUAUAAUAACUCAAUCUUUGUACGGCGUUAGGCUCGAAUGCCAACCUACGCUUCCAGGCGAAGUCUGGACGUCAAAUAUUUAUAAAUUGGCUGUUAUUGAUGAGGAUAAUUCAUUACUUGGGUAUAUCUAUUGUGACUUUUUUGAUAGAGAUAAUAAACCAAAUCAAGACUGCCAUUUUACCAUAAGAGGGGGUCGAGAAUUAUUAGAUGGUUCAUAUCAGAAUCCUGUUGUUGUACUAAUGCUUUCAUUACCAUCGCCGAAAAAGCCAGCACCAUGCUUAUUGAAUCCUUCGUUGGUGGACAAUUUAUUUCAUGAAAUGGGUCAUGCUCUGCAUUCGAUGCUUGGCAGAACAAAAUAUCAGCAUGUAACCGGAACUAGAUGUAGUACUGACUUUGCAGAAGUGCCAAGUAUUCUCAUGGAAUACUUUUCUAGUGAUCCUAAAAUUGUUUCUUUAUUCGCGAAACAUUAUGAGACUGGGGAGAAAAUUCCAGAGAAUAUGUUAAAUAAAAUUUGUUCAUCAAAAAAUCUGUUUCCUGCUUUUGAAAUGCAGAGUCAGAUAUUUUAUAGUAUGAUAGAUCAAGUAUAUCACAGUAAGAAAAUUCAAGAUUCGACUACUGAUGUUUUGAAACAAAUUCAAAGUCAAUACUAUGAGCUGCCAUAUAUCCCACGUACUGCUUGGCAGUUAAGAUUCUCUCAUAUUGUUGGAUACGGAGCUAAAUACUAUUCGUACCAAAUAUCACGAGCUAUUGCCUCCUGGAUUUGGCAGACCUACUUUGAAGCUGAUCCUCUGAGUCGAGUAGCUGGCGAAAGAUAUAGAUAUGAAUGUCUGUCCCAUGGCGGCGGCAAGCCGCCUUCCAAGUUAGUUGCGGAUUUCCUCAAUAAGGAGGCAAGUCCUGAAAAUUUUACGGCAUCGCUCAUCAACGAAAUUGACGCCAAGAUCGAUAGAAUCAAAACGGUCAAGACAUUGUGCAUUUAAAAUAAAAAAAUUUGAUAAUUAUCAGAAAUUCAUCUUA